AUGUCUUCUGUCCAAGAAAGAAACCCGUGGCCUUAUGCACUAGGCAUGUAUUUAAAAUUGAAUAUUUUUAUUAAAUAUUUUACGCUUCAGGUCCAAGGAAAGAUUCCUGAAUGGUUAGAAGGUGUUCUUUAUCGUGUUGGCCCUGGAACUUUUAAAAUCCCAUCCAAGAAAAAUCCAGAAAUUGUAUUUUCUUUUGAUCAUUGGUUUGAUGGACUUGGCCAAGUUCAUCGUUUCGAAAUUAGAAACGGUGUUGUUACUUAUAGAAGCAGAAACAUAGCUUCCGCGAAUGAAAAUUAUAUAGCAGAAAAUGGUAGAUUGCCAGUAACUGAUAUUACAUUUGGACAAGAUAUUUGUAAAAAUGUAUUUAAAAAGUUCUUCACUGUCUUCCAAGCAUCUGUUACACCAAGAAACCUAGCAAAUGAUCCAAACCAAAGAAAUGUUUCUGUAACUCUCACUAAAGGCCUUCCAUAUCCAGAAGGAAAAUCUGAAACAAAGGUCACUCGUACACUUGUUUUAGGAACCGAUGCGAAUAUUUUAAAGUCGAUUGAUCCAGUUACUCUCGAGCCUAUUCAAAAUUUCUCAUUUGAAGAAUUUCAUCCUGAUUUAUCUGGACCUAUGGCACCAGCUCAUUCUCAAUAUGAUGCAGAAACAGGAGAAUAUUUUUCAUUUGUUCCUAAUAGUGGUUCUAGAUCUGAGUAUAACGUAUUUUCUGUUAAAACUGAUGAAGAAACUGGAAAACCUGUUACGACUAUUCUUGCAACAAUUCCAUCAAAAUUAACGCAAUGCGAUUUUGUGAUGAAUGGUGCGAAAAUAUUAUGGGAGCGCAAUUUAAUCCGAUCAUUUGACCCAUGGGAUCCUAACAAGAAGGCACACUUUUAUGUUAUUGAUCGUAACCUUAAAAAACAUGUGGCAACUUAUACCUCACCAACAUUCUUCUGUUUCCAUACAAUAAACGCAUAUGAUGAAGGAGAUGAUAUAAUUAUUGAUUUAUCUCAGUUUAAAGAUAAUAGCGUUAUCUUUCAACUUACAAUAAACCGACUUUUGGAAUCUUCCGAAAUUGAUGCUGAAAAACAACCACAAAAAUUUGAAUUAAAUAGACUGUAUAGGUAUAAGUUGGGCAAUGUUUCAAAAAAUUUAGAUAGAGUAAAUUUGAAUUAUGGUAAUGAGAAAUUUCCGAACGCAGAAAUUGUAUUCGCAGUGUCUGAAGACUUGAAUGUUGAACUUCCAGUAGUUAAUUUUUCAAGAUAUCAUAUGAAAAAGUAUCGAUAUGUUUAUGGUGUCUCACGCUCAGAUUCUAAUUCUCACUUUCUAUUUGAUCGACUUAUAAAAAUUGACCUUCAUCAAACUGACAAUGGAUCAUUUAAUCAUAAAAUCUGGCGACAAUUUGGAUGCACACCUAGCGAACCAAUUUUUGUUUCUGCACCAAACGCUGUUGAAGAGGAUGAUGGUGUGAUAACAAGUAUCGUGCUUGAUGGUACAAAAAAUUCUAGCUUUUUAUUGAUUUUAGAUGCUAAAUCGUUUAAAGAAAUUGCCAGAGCGGAAAUGGAACUUGGUAAAGUUGUUCCUUAUGGAUUCCAUGGAUUAUGGAAUGAUCUUGAUUAA